GACUUUGAAAAUGAUGUAGCUAGUGUAUGUUUCCCUCACAUUACCACAGUUAACAACCCACCACCACUGACAUUUCACAGAGAGAGAGAGAUAGAAAUCAAGAUUCAAUCCAAUUUCCAUUCCAAUUUCCAAUCAAUCCACCACCCAUCUCUCUCUCUCUCUCUCUCUCUCUCUCUCUCUCUCUCUCUCUCUCUCUCUCUCAUGGGCACAGAAAAUUACAGGAAGAGUGGGCAGAUUCCGGCGUUUGGCGACUGGGAAAAUGCGAGUGAGAUGCCGAUAACGCAGUAUUUCGAGUGCGCGAGGCAGGCGGGGCUGCUCCGCUGCAGCUGCUCCGGCGAUUGCGGCGGCGCUUACGGUGCUAAUGCCGCGUAUUGGGGCGGCGGUGUUAAUUCUUAUGAGAAGCAUUUGCCUCGCCGAGUUCAUGCCGUUCCUGAGCGCAAGACAAGAGGAGUGCACAAGGGGUAUCCACAGUCAGAUGAGCAAAUGAGGAAAGUUAAGGUUCGUGACUUGAUGAAUCAACCUAGAUUAAAUCAGAAAGUCCCUCACAAACACCACCCAAAACAAAGUAAUACUACUAUAUCUGGAAACCUCGUGCAACAUAGAUCAUCGGUUUCGGCUAAACCAGUGGAUGAGGAUCUGUACAAGAUCCCACCCGAGCUGCUCGAAAAUUCAAAAAGAGUAAGUAAUUUGCUUUCAGUUUUUUACAUUUUUUCAAUUGGAUGUGUAAAAGAUUAUCUAAUAUUGACAUUUUCUUCAGAAAAAAAUGCUGGGAUUCUUCUCCAAAUGCAUGGUUCCUCCAUGUGCUGCAUGAGCCAAGCUUGAGCAGUUUGCAUAGAAUGAAUGAUGCUAUUAAACUUGUGUGUAAGACUAUGAAAAUAAUUAACAAUCAAUUUUUCAUCUUCAUUGAGUUUUCCCUCUGCAAAUUUAGCUAAAUCGUAGCAAAGAUCAUAGGGCCAAAGUAUGUAAACAAGCCUUUCUAGUUUUGUUUAAGUAUCAAGAAAUGAUUAUUCAUUUA